UGGGCAAGUGACUUACUGACACUUGGUGCCGUUAUUUGGAACAUGCACAUAAUAGUGUAUACUUCCUCCAGUUUUGUGUGUUGUGAGUCUCCCGCUGCAUGUAAGCAGGCACUAAUAAACGGCACUGGUUGUCACGAUUCGAUCUCCUGAGCCCACGGGUCAGACGGUUGCUGGAGGGAAUGGAGAAGCGGGACGACCCUGGAACAUAGCUGGGCCACCCUCCCCUCACUGGCGCAAAGCACCCAACUGCUCGGCCAGAAAAACAACCCUACGGGUUAGCUUCCAUUCACCUCUCACCACGAAAGUUCACGGCAGAGCUAGGGGGAGACAGGAUCCCGCCUCUGCAGGGCUGGAGAGUGAAGGACACGUUCAGACAAGUUUAAAAUCCGUUUUAAAACAGGAAGCCGGUGGUGCAGGGCCGGUCCCUAGCGGCCUUCCAGGCCAUCCAGCCCCCCAAAACUGGACGCCGGACGGUCGGGUGACCACCGCAGGUUACCAUCCCCGAUCCCCCAGGACCGCGGGGUCGGUGCGGUCACCUGCAGCACCGCUGACCGCACCUCCCGGAAGGCCCCGCGGGGACGCCGACCUAGGCGGGGCAAGCUCGCUUCCGGGCUUCCCCGAGGUGCCGCCGAGCUGGCUCGGUGACACCGCUCGGGAGCCUCCGGGUCGAUGGCUCCCCCUCCUGCAACCCUAAACUAUUGGAGCGGGUGGGGACCGUCUUUAAUCCGCUGUGACUAGGAAAUGCCUCUCACACUUGGCUAAUGGGUGAAGAAUUUCUGGGGAGGGAGGAUGUUAACAAUUCAGAUUUCCGAGCCACCCUGACACUCUGACGCACUGAAUCUCGCGUGGCUCGAAGGUUUGUAUCUUAGUAAGCUUCCCGCGGUAUUCUGACCCAGAAUACCGCCAGUCAUGCCCGUUUUAGGACCAUUUUUUUUACAAAUCUGUUUGGCGAACACAUCCUGUCCCUUGGCCAACCCCAGGAACCUCUCAGGGUUUCAGGGCUUGUCGGGUGGCUCCGCCUCUCGUCUAGAAUUGGCCCCUCGCGCGCCCCAUCCCGGCAGAUGAAUCUCCCUUCCUGGUUGGUCGGCGUUGACUCCGCGGCAAGAUCUGGACCAAUGGGCGCUGCAGUUCGCAGAACGUGACCUGGGGGUUGGUCCCCAGCUGGCGCCGUUGGCUGUGGACGCCUAACUCUCGCGCUGAGACUUCCGGCGGGGGAGCGGAGCGCCGAGUUCUGCGUGAGUUCGCGACGCGGCGAAAAGCGCUGCGCCCUGGUCCUUCCCUAGGGAGGGCUGGGCCGACGGCUGGCGCGGCGGCUCCUGGGUCCCACUGAGGGGCGAGGACGCCGGAAGUGGCUGCUCUACGGCCGGGACCUGAAGCCGGCCAUCCCCGUGAGAAACUGGGAGCCCCUUUCCAGGCGGGCACAGCUGGUUUCCCGGGUAGGGCGCUCCGAGGGCCUGACGAUGGCGUCGGGCCCGGGCUCCCAGGAUCGGGAAGGGCUCCUCAUAGUGAAACUGGAGGAGGACUGCGCUUGGAGCCAGGAGCUGCUCCCGCCAGACCCGGGGCCCAGCCCGGAGGCCUCCCACCUGCUCUUCAGACGGUUCCGCUUCCAAGAGGCCGCUGGGCCCCGGGAAGCCCUCAGCCGGCUCCAGGAACUUUGCCAUGGGUGGCUGCGGCCUGAGAUGCGCACCAAGGAGCAGAUCCUGGAGCUGCUGGUGCUGGAGCAGUUUCUAAUCAUCCUGCCUCAGGAGAUCCAGAGCAGGGUGCAGGAGCUGCAUCCGGAGAGCGGCGAGGAAGCAGUGACCCUUGUAGAAGAUAUGCAGAGAGAGCUUGGGAAGCUGAGGCAACAGGUCACAAACCAUGGGCGGGGAACAGAAGUGCUUUUGGAGGAGCCUUUGUCUCUGGAAACAGCACGAAAGUCACCGAGCUUCAAGCUGGAGCCAAUGGAGACUGAGCGAAGCCCUGGUCCCAGGCUGCAGGAGCUGCUAGGCCCCAGCCCUAAAAGGGACCCCCAGGCUGUAAAGGAGAGGGCAUUAUCUGCUCCCUGGCUUUCUCUCUUUCCUCCCGAAGGAAACAUGGAAGACAAGAUGACUGGGCCCCAGGUGAUGUGGAAGUUCCCAAUAUCUUCCCUCAGCACACACACGUCCCCAUACACACUGGUUGCUCUUGUGGUGGUGGGGUCCUUUGGUCACUUGGAGAGGAUUCUUUCUUCCUCACCAAUGUGUGUCCCCUAUUUUCUUUAGAUGCCUCCACCUCACCUCACUCCUAGGCCUCACCUCACUCCCCAUGAAAUGUGUUCUGGGCACUCCCGGGUUUUGCCCCUUUAACCUUUGACUUUGCUUGAAUUGUUCUUGGUGCCUCAGGGGCUAAAGG